UCCGAGUUAUAAAAUCUCGUCCGCAUUCUCGCGAUAAGUGACUGUCGCGCUUGCGCAGAAGAACUAACACAACCAACACAUGCGCAGUAACAAAAAGACGAUUCUUAAAUUCAGUGCAUGAGGAAGAUUUAUAUAAGAUUUAUACACUACUGGAACGGUGAAUCAGCAGUAAUGGAGGAAUCUGUGUCUAACGUGGAAGUAUGCAAUUUGGCAUAUACUGGACAAUUUGAAGAGUUAAAAAACAAAAUUUUGUCAGAUAAGUCGCUAGCUUGUAAAACAGAUCAGGAUCAUAGAACUGUUCUGCACUGGGCAUGUUCAGCUGGGCACACAGACAUUGUGGCGUUUCUGUUAGCUUUUGGAGUGGAUGUGGAUCUGAGUGAUGAUGCGGGUUGGACUCCACUUCACAUUGCAGCCUCAGCAGGAAGAGAAGAGAUUGUGAAGGCUCUGAUCACCAGAGGGGCACAGUUGAAUGUUGCCAAUGAGAAUGGCUGCAGACCUUUGCAUUAUGCAGCUUCCAAAGACAGAUAUGAGAUUGCCCAGAUGUUGUUAGAGAAAGGCGCAGACCCAAAUGCUACAAACAAGUUGCAAUGUACCCCGUUGCACAGAGCUUCAGCAAAGGGAAACCGUCGACUAAUUCAGCUCCUCCUGAAGCACAGUGCCUCCACCAACAUCCAGGAUUCAGAGGGAAACACAGCACUUCACCUGGCUUGUGAUGAAGAACGGACAGAAGCAGCCAAGCUACUGGUGGAGCACGGAGCUAGUAUUUAUAUAGAGAAUAAAGAGGAGAAGACACCUCUACAGAUUGCUAAAGGAGGACUUGGGGCAGUGUUGAGGAGGAUUGUGGAGGGCUGAUGCUGUUUCUUAGUACAUGUAAACUGCUUCUCAAAGGAAUAUGUUUUGUUAGAAAGCACUUCAAAGUUUAAACAUGUGUUCUCAGCUUCUAAAGGAAGCAUGUGUUAAAAAAAAAAAACAUUUAGUUUGUAUAGAUUUGUUUUCAUACUUGCCAUUCUUUAUUGUGCAGCAGUUAAUAUUUGGAAGCAACUUGCAAUUCAGUUAUCAACCAUGACAAUUAUACUAGCAGGAUUUUGUGUUUUUAAAAAAUGUAUUUUCAUUUACUUAAACUAAAUACAAUCCUUCUAAUAAGACUCGCCGGACUUCCAUUUUCUUCAUCAGUUGUUCCCAGUGUAUUCUGAUACUUUUAUAGACCAUAAAAAGCAUUUAAUAAAGGUAAUUAUUCCCUG